CUCUUCUAACAUCUGUAGGAUACUAGUGUAACACCACUACCCAUAUCACCGUCGCUCGCGCUGCUGAACUUUCAGCAGUCGCCACUGGACCAACCCAUGUUCGAGCUCAACUUGCAUAAGCGUUCGAUAUCCGGGUCUAGCUUGGAGGUGAUGCACUCGUCACCUAUGACAGUCCCCGGCUCAGCGAGGCAGAUGACCCCAUACAACGUCCCUCCUCCUUCGACCGACUUGCCUGCUGGCACGAUCCCCGAUACGCCUGGUCCGAUGCAGAGGGCUUUCAACCGCGAUCCUGCGAACCAUGUUCCUUGGCAGAAUGCUAGUCCAACGCCCUUGGAGAGAUAUGCUCCCUCCACACCCGUCCUUACGCCCUUGCCAGGCACGAAUCUCACUGUGGGAGAUCUCGAUCCUGAGCUUGUUCCACUACCACCGUCCAUCAACUCCUCUUUGGCCCAAAUUGGCCAAGGAAAUCCCGGCUACUUUGACAUCCCAGUCGAAGAGCAGCUACCGAUGGACAAUGCAGACAUGCUUAAUGGACUUGCUUGUCUCAAGCUUGCCGAAGACCCUGGCGAUACCGGCGACAGUGAAACCAAGGUUUCUCACGACAGCGGUCCGCACACACCUGUCGGUCGAUAUGGCAACUCCGAGGAGAUGAGACGUGAGUAUAAAGACGCAAAGCUGCAAGACACCGUAUGUACGCAAGGUCAUCUAAAACACCAAGCCUUGGAACCUCGCCCGAAGCAGCAAGCCAAAGAGCUGAGCGACACCGUCCGUGCUCCAAAUGUUCCCCAGCACCAUCAAGUCCUGCCGCUUCGUCCCAAACAGCAAGGUGAAGAUCUGCAGGAUCGAGUCAGGAAAGACUCUGUCAUCAGCAAGGAUUGGGAGACAAGCAAUGGCGAGCACUCGACAGGCACGAUGUCGGAGGACACUGAUGCACGCCGCACUCCGAGUCAGUCUUACAAGACAAUCCUUCCGGCCGACAGUACAGCUCCUGCCUCUUCAGGACAUUGCAAGAGGAUGGAAGUUAGGAGCAGUCCUCCUGUCGACUUCGCAUACAUUGUUUGGGACAGCCCAAACGAGUCCCGUCGAAAUGCAGCUCAAGAGAACAUAUGGGGUCGACACGCUGGUCUCUAUGACGGUUCUGGAUAUGGGGAUGAUGCCAGCGGGCCAACAUCUUGCGAGUCCAAUGAGGGUACCAAGGACGUCCACAUAGAGUCCGGUCCUCGCUCGAUCGAGCCAUCAAUGACGGCUCUUUCGGCCGACGGAGACCGCUCCGGAAAGGAUAUCUCCAAUCGUCCCUCGAAAGGCGAAGAUCCAUACCCUGGGUACGUACGGGAGUCUCCGCUCACCGUCCACAAACAGCGCAACUAUGAAAGCCUGGAGUCAAUAUACCAUGCGUACGCUUAUCCGUUCGGAGAGAGGGUUUCAAGCAGCAGCAACAACAGCACCGGCGGGGACGUACAGCGACCUGCAGCAAAGGAAACUGAGAUCAGCUCAUGAACUUGGGCACAGGUGUCUUCUCGUCUCAUUCUUACAGUCUGUCAGUAGAUGGCACUGGAUGGUCUGCUUCUUGCAUUCAACCCUCAUAUUGGUGUAUCGAAAGCCCAGAUGAACAGGACGAACAUUGAUAUUACCUAGCACACGGUAGCUUGAAUAGGAAUAUUUCUCGAAUGUCGUGUACCUUUGCAAUCUUAUCGUUGUGGGUCGAGGUCAUCAAACGACCAGCAGAUCAUUCGAGAAGUGGAUGCUCUUGCACGCAAAACUGAGACGAUGAUCGCAUGCAUAUCCGAGCAAUACUGCCGGCUCUAGUAUUGACUUUACUGUUUUGAUCAGUGAUGAUA